AUAUGCUUAAAAUGACAGGAUAAUAAUUGUCGUGGUUGCCAUGGUGAUUGAAGCGCUUGCUGAUGAUGUCACAAACAGACAAAAGGGUUAAAAGACAAGUUGGUUGGUUCAGUGUAUGCUGGCACUUGGUGUCUUCAGACCCUCACAGACACGACUCGUAGCACAGCUAAACAAAGCCGGUUCCUUCAGCAUUAAAAACAUCUCCAACCUUCCAAAAAUGGAUCAUGAUGACCUGUCAGACCAGCUCUUCAUCCAUUGCGAUCAUGACAUAUUGGGCGAUACACCCAACCCCUCAUUGUCCCCAAACCUCCCUUCACCUUGCGACCCCGAGAGCAUCUACACCGAGCUUCGGACGGUUGAAGGCGAGGUGGAUGGCUCAGGUGUCUGGUUCCCUCUUGGGAAGACACUGGAGGUCCCAGCCGCAAUGAUGGCUUCACCCAGUUUGGAGCAAUCAUGCUGUGCUGGUUUCAUGCCGCCCCUGCCGCCUUACAGCCAUGGCCUGGUAAGUGGAGGAGGGCAACAGCAGCUUCUAGAGACAAUGUUUUGUCAGGCUAGCGCUGCUCUUCCUCCACAAUGCAUCCCCUAUGGCUGGCCCGCCAGUCCCUUCACUCCUCAUUCUCACCUGGAUGAUGAUGCAGCAAUGAUGAUGCAACCAACUGGUGUCAACUUGACUUCAGUUGGGCUUAUGAAGAGAAAUGCUGCACAGAGAAAUCCAGCCCUCUCUUGUGUCCCUCUCCCCACACCAAACACCACUAGAUCAGUGAAAAGGGAACGUGACAGCCAUCAGGAUGAAAAGACGUACGUCAAGAAGCCACUAAAUGCAUUCAUGCUGUACCGGCAGGAGCAGAGGCCCAAUGUUGUUGCUCAGCUGAACAUUCGAAACAGCGCUAUUGUCAACAAAGUGGUUGGGCAGAUGUGGAAGUCUCUGACAAAAAGACAACAGAGGAAAUAUUACGAGCUCGCUGAUGCUGAGAAACUGCUCCACGCCCAGCAGCAUCCUGAGUGGUCUUGCACAGAAAACUAUGGUAAAAAACGGAAGAGGCAAAGGAACAAAGUUAACACCAAUGGUCAAGGGGGAGAACUUCUUUUCUCACAUUAAAUUGUCAUUUCUGUUGCAUCACCUACACGUGAAAUCUGCAGAGCACACUUUACAGGCUCAGAUGCAAGAUGCAACACCUGUCCAUGCAGCUUUGGAUGACAGUCCUCACAAGUCAGCCAUGGUGCUUUGUGCCCAAACGCAGCUGCGUGUGAUGCUGGAGUUGAUGGUUUAGUUUAAACCCAAUGGCCUCAA